AUGGCAAGCCUCGACGAUCAGCCUGUAAUGCUUGCCGCACUAGCAAGGGGCUUGGACUGCCAGUACGGGACCGAAGACGACACUGAGCUUAACAUCGGAGCUGUCCAAGGGCAACGUCAGCUGAGACACAGGUCCUCUGGACUAGGCAUGCCUGCGUCUCCUUGUACGCGUGAAGCCAUCCCCGAAGACAAUGUUGUCAGUCCGCGGCCUUUGGAUGUUGGCGAUCUUUUAUCAGAUGCUCUGGAUACGCCCCGGGUUGAGGACUGUGGCAAGGAAACAGAUUGGUCAGAUUUGGACUUUAUGUUUGGUUCAGAAACCGGCAUCUCACCUUCUCACAACUCGAGCAGCACUAGUCCUGGGUCCGACACCUUUCUGAAAACCGCUAUUGGCAUGCCUGACUUGAUUGACUGUCCUGAACAGAUACCGAGAGGUGAGGCUUUUCUGGCUCAACUCCCCUCGUGCCUCUCUAUGCGCACCUCGGGUAGCAAUCUUUGCCUACCUGAGUGUUCCCCUUCCUUCCAUUUUCUGAGCACCUCAGAUACCGUUACGCCCACGGAAAUAAGCUUUACCAAAGACGACACAUCUCAGAGCAUCACGCCUGUCGUCAACAACAACAACAACAACAACAGCCCUUCAUCCUGCCCAUGUCCCACCACUGCUUUAAGCACAUGGGAGAUGCUCAUCACCGGCAUUUCCUCAAAAAAACCCGCCACAGAUGAAUUCGUGCGAUGCCAAAAGGCGGCCAUGUCAAGCUGCGAGGCACUGGUUCGGUGCCAUGGGUGCUCUGCCCGGUCGCUGGACGUCAUGCUGCUCAUAGACAUCUGCGCAAAACUCCUUGAAAGCCUAAAGACGCAAGAUGAGGGACUUUUCACCUGCCACCACCGGCAAAGUAAGCGCCGGCCGGUAACGUGCGGGCAUUCGACAGAGCGUAGGAUGGCUGACGAUGAUGAUGACGAUGACGAAGAUGAGAAUCACGUCCUAAGAAGCUUAUGGAUGGCACGAAUGCGAAGACUCGGGCGCUUGAUAGCUGGAGUCAGGGCUUUACUAGAUGGAGAACAGUGGUUGGCGCACAGAGGCAUGCUUCAGGGCGUGCAGAUGGCGUUUACAAGCGUCAUGUUUGGCUGGCAACCUUGGGCGGUUAUUUAG